AUGAUGGACGAGGUGCUUAAGGAAGAAGAAGCUGCCGCAUCAAGGGAGAACGGCAGUGCUGAGCCAAUUCGUAUGAUUUUCGAGAUGGACCGUUCCCUUGACCGUCGUCGCUAUAACGCUCCUACAUGCAACAAGGUGGCCGUUGUUUAUGUCGGCGAAGACGGUGACGUUCCCGCUCAUCGCGAAUUUGCGCAAAAUUUAUCCUUAGAUGGCUGGCAAGGCUCCUGUUCUGACUGCUCCUUUGGUGAGCCGUUAUUUGUUAUGGAUGUAAUGCUCAAAUUGCUCAAGAUCGUUUCCUAA